CAAACCCAUCUCCUUCUAACCGGAAACCCCACCAACCAGUUUCUGCCUAAAAUCCGUCCCAUCCCCGGUUUUUCAUUAGAAAUCCUCAAACGGGGUCUAGCCUCUUUGUAGCUCUGUCGCCGCCUCCCUUCAUCGUUCCCCUCUUCUUCACCGAUCCACUUCUUCAACCAAACAGCUAUCCUCUACCUUAUAAAAACCCUAGACGCUGAUGAGCACAAGGAAAGAAAAACUAGCUGCCACUUGGUGGAAAACCAAGAAAGACGCCAGGGGGAAGCUCUCUCUCGAGCCGCCCGAUAAAUACCUGGCACCGGGGUUCUCUCCACUGAUUCAAGCCACUGGGAGACACACGGGAGAGUUGAGAAACUGGAGAGAAUCAAGAGGGAAGAAGGAAACAGAAAGAGGCGAGAAGGGAGAAGGGCAGCUAUAGGGAUGCUUUGCAUCGGAGGAGCUCAAGAAAAGUCCAGAAAAAUCAGACUCUGACUGGCAUAGUUGUCAAGGAGAAGAGGCGGAUUUCAUCUUGGAAAUGGAAAGUCCUAGCUGCUGAGUUCGACCGUCAUUUUGUAUUUCGCUUCGAAGCUCUUAUUCAUUCAUUAUGUGUUGGGUUGGAUUUUUCAGAACAUGAACUUGUUUGUUGCUUGUUUCACGCAAAUUUUCAAGUUUUUGGCAAAAUAAUGUGCAUUGCCUUUU